AUGCGCGCCUGCCUCCUCCUGUGUGCGGCGCUCGCGCUCGCCGGCCGGCCGCGAGCCGCCUCGCACAGACCCGACCCACGGCUAGACCACAUCAAAACACAAAUAUUAGCCAAGCUGGGUCUAUCAUCCCGACCUACUCCACUGGGAGCACCCCCUCGUGACGUUGUGAGGCAGAUAUUGGCGAGAGCGGCCGACCCGCGGCCCGAGCGCCUGCCAGAAGUGGAGCAAAGCAUGCGAGAAAUAAUCGCUAUAGCACAUAGAGCUAUACUUAUAUUUUUAGAAUUCGUAAUAAGUAUGAUUUCAGAUGGAUUUUUUAGCUUUUCCGUAUAUAUUUUGGAUGGCAUAAUUAAUGAAUCCAUUGUCAAAGAACUUGGAUUUGAUGAAGAAAAUUUCGCCACUCCAAUGAAAAUAGUCGGUAACUUCCUAGCUACAUGCUGCUUGAAACAUGAAAAAAGAAGACACGUA